AAUGACAAUUGACAACUGACGAAAACAAUAAAUGAUUAUUUGAGGUGAUUGAUGUGUACGCUCGUUAUUUAUCUUUUGUAUUUAUAGUUAAGUGUGCAUUCUAAAAUUAUGGAAAAUCCUGAAGAAAUAUUACACAGCCUAGAAGAGUUUUCGAAGAUGAAACCUAAAGAUAUACCUCGCGAAUUGGAAGAAUAUCUCUGCUUUGUUGCAAAAACGGGUAACCCAGUUUAUCAGUGGCAGACAAUAAAAAGUCUUUUUCGAGAGAAAUUACUGAAUGUUAUUACUGAAUUCUACGAGUCUUGCCCAUCUGUGGAAAUUCCACCAUGUCCUAAUGUAGAAAUGUUUAAUUAUGAUCUCAUGAAAAAUUUUAUACUAGAAAAGUUAGAUACUUUCGCUUCUGCACCUUUUACUGUUCAGAGAAUAUGCGAACUUUUAACUACACCGAGGAAAGAAUACAAUAGAAUAGAUAAAUACAUGAGAGCAUUAGAGAAAAAUAUAUUAGUUGUUAGUACUACAGAACCAGGUCGAAGGUCUACAGAAAACGGAGAGGGCAUCGUAAAUGGUAUAGAAUCAGAACAUUUACCAGAAUCAAGUAAUUCUAGCCAUGACAUUAAUGUUGAAGAAAUGGAUGAAUCACCAUCGUGGCCCAGAACAGCGCAAAUGGCUCCAAUAUUAUUUGAAACCACCAAUGCUGAAAAUCAGUCAACUGACAUACACCACAAUCGAGAACAACAGAUUUUUCAAAAUAGCUCUGAUCUAAAAAUAGAUGAAAUUUCAUCAAGUAGUACUACCGCCACAAAAUCCCAGCUAGAUGAUGCACAAGAAACAAUAAUUUCCUGUUCGAUUGUUGGUGAAACGCAACAUCCUUAUGUAUCCAUAGAACCCGUGGCCCCAAACACUUGUUCUACUUCUCAAGAUACUGAUGAAAAUCAUACAGAUAAUUCACUUAGCAUCACUGCCUUACCAGCUGGCGUUCAGCAAAGAAGAAAUAGCAUGGAGAGAGUGGAAACUUCCGAAAGUAGAAGUGAUAAAGAACAGGAUUUUAAAGAAAACUUAUUUACCGAAGAUGAAAAACAGAAAACACCCGAAGAAGACAAACAGAUCCAUCCAUUAACAGAAGCAGUUUUGUCACAUCCUCUUUGUCCAGAGCAUGUAGAGGUCUUGGCAGACACGAAAAUUGAGGAACAUUCUGAAGAAAAACUACCGAAGGACCAACCUGAUAUGGAGAAUAUCUCACCAGAAAAUAGUUCUGCAUCUGCGGGGACAUUGAAGGUCGAUAUCACUCCAGAAAAGUAUAAAACUCUUCCUCAAGGCAUAGAAGAACCAGAUGAGAAAAUUCCAGAGCAACCUCAAGAGGUUCAAAUCGAAGUCUGUUCAAAAGAAGAUGAAUGGUCUGAAGAUAAAGAGGAAACUGAAAAAGUGACCAGUGCACUAACGAGUACAUUUCUGGAAGAGAAUGAGGUGGAUGAAUCAACUUUGAAGACUUCUAGUUGUUCGGAACAUGUUUCAGGAUUGUCUAAUACUCAUCAACAAAUUUCGGAGCCCUUAAAAGAAGCCGAUACGAAAUCGGACACUUGCGAGGAAAAAACUUCUGAUAACCUGCCAGAACCUAAUAAAGCUAAUAUCGAAGAAGGAGAGCCGGUUAGACAAAUCAUUAGUAAAUUGGAGACGCCUAUGGACGUCGAUGCUCUCAGUGAUAUAACGAUAGAUGAGAAAGGUGAACAUUUACGUGAAGAACCAUCUUCGACAUCAGAUACCUUGUAAUAUAUUUGCCUUAGUUUUUAAGUUUUUUUUAGAGUCAAGGAAGCAGUUUUCUUAUCACAUUCGAUGACUUGAUAAUGCAUGUUAUCGUUGUGUUGUCAUCCACAUCUACGUUAUAGAAUUUUAGAACUACCUGGUAAUAAGUAAUUUUUAUAUUAUAAUGUUUUAAAUACGUAACUUAACCAUUUUUAUGUACAGAACUGAAUUAAAUGUUGUAAGUGACAUUCAUGUUGAAAUUUUUUUAAUAUUUAGAGGUAAGCAUGUGCAUUUAUUUUAAAUAGGUCUUCGACGUCCUAGUGCAGUGUUGCCCAUUCCUUCAGUUUUUUACUAUUAAAAAUAUGUAUUGUUUUUAUUGCAUGUUAAAACAAUAAAACAAUAAAGUGGAAACGAACAAUA